AUGGCAACUUCCAAAUCAUCAUCAGAAGAGCGCCAAUCCGCGCCACCGCCCGAGGAGAAGCCUCGCCUUACCGAAUCAGAGAAGAAGAUGAACCACAUCGCCUCGGAACAAAAACGAAGACAAGCCAUCCGCGAAGGCUUCGACCGCCUCACCGAACUCGUUCCCGGUCUCGAAGGUCAAGGCCGCUCCGAAGGCCUCGUCCUCAAGCGCACCGUCCAGUUCAUGCGCGACCAACUCGCCGAGAACCAGCGCAUGGUCGAGGAGAUUGAGAGCCACGGCGGCGAUGUACCCGAGAAGUUUAAAGUCUAG